AUUCCUUUACUCAUUGUGCCAAAAUGCCCCCCAAAAAGACUCUGAAAUCAGUGAUCUCGAAAAAAACCUCGGCUAGUAAGCCGAUUCUACCCAAAGACAAAGGCUCCUCUAAGAAUGAUACUUCCAAAGUUUCCGAGAUUGAUGAUAUUUUCAGCACGGGAGCAAAAUCCUCUGGGUUGACACAGCCCUUAAAGAACAAAAAAGUAGAACAAAAACCCUCGAAAGAUUCAAACAAAGGACCGACAAAAGAACCAGCAUAUACUACAGAUGGAAAGAAGAAAGGAAAGAAGCAGGAUACACCGAUAACUCAAAAUACUGAAGAGGAAGAAGAAUAUGGAGAGGAUACUGUCCCUAUGGCCGAAUCAUUGGAUGAUAGUCCAGAUGAGGAAGAUGUGGAUGUAGAGGAGCUAAUGUUUAAUGAGGAAGAACGCAAUGAAACAGAGGAGGCAGCUAUCGCCAAGUUGAUGGAUAAGAAGAAGAAGAAAGCACAGCAAAACAAGGAUCAAAAUGGAAAUGCAAGUACACGAACGGGGAUGGUGGUGUCAACGAAGCCUAAGAGUGGUGCAAAGGUGGUAGAGGCUGUGGUUUUUAACGAACGACCUGCAGCAGCGGCAGCAGCAGCAGCAGCAGCAAAGACUCAAAAAAUGAAGCGUAUGCGAGACGAACCAGACAGUGAUGAUGAGCUUGAGAAGAAGGCAAAGCGUAGGACAGAUGAUGGUUUACGAUUGUUUGAUAUCCAUGAUCUGAAUAUUGGGAAGGGUGGUGGAACAGACAAGUGCCCAUUUGAUUGUGAAUGCUGCUUUUAGAUUGAAUACAAACAUAAACACAUUAAGCUAAUUGUGUACUUUUUUGGGUCUGUGCUGAAAUUUUUUGCGCGUGAAUUUCGCCAAGAUUGCUCUCGUGCGUGUCAGAGCAAGCCAAGAACAGAACACCUUGGCCCGAAAAUAACGCCACGUCACAUCCAUGGAGAAUAAAAG